UUGAAUCCAAUGGGCAAAGAUGAAAUCGAUUCAACCAGUAUUGCUGCUUUUUUAAGAACUGCUAAAGAUGUUAAUACGACGCAGCUUUCUCAGAUUUGGAAAGCAGCUUGUAAAUCGAGUGGCUUUGUAAAGCGUGGAUUUCUAAACAAAUUGGGCUUUCAAAUUUCACCUGAAAUCUUGUGUAAUCCUUCUCUUGAAUCUCCUCGAUUUGAAAUUGCAUCUUUUUCCACAACUAAUUUAUUAGAAAUUUCAAAUCAAUUAAUAAAGAUGAGUGAAGAACAGAACUUUCAACUUCAAUCUGCAAAUGAUUUAAUCGAGGUUUUAGAGAAAAUGUCUGUCAAUAUUUCUAUUUUAACUGUAUGUCUUUUUUUUGUUUUUGAUUAUUUUUUUCUAAAGGAAACUCGUCUUGGACUUGCUCUGAAUAUGUUUCGCAAAAAAAACUGGCGAGCAAUAGUGUUUGAAGAAGAGGGAAGAAACAAGGCUUUACAUGAGAAUGUUCUUACUACUAGAGCUGGAAGAGUUAAAAAUAAGGUUAAAAAUAAGGUUGAAGAAGAGGGGAAGAAAAAGGCUUUGAGUGAGAAUGUUCUUACUGGAAGAGUUAAAAAUUUUGGGUUUUUAUGUAUGUAUUGUAAAAAGCCAUUUACCAGUAAAUUUAACUGCAAACGGCAUUAUAAAAAUGUCCAUAAAAAAACUGAAGAGGAAAUUUUAUUAAUAUUUGGACCUCCACAGCAAAAAUUCAAAAGAAAAUUACAAAAACAACAACAAUCACCUAUUCCUCGUAAGAAUGGUAAAUUACAAAAACAACAAAAAAAUAUAAUUAUAAAUACAACAACAACUAAAUUACAAAAACAAUAUGCCCCUACCCCACAUAAGGAAUUCAAACUUUUCAUCAACAAGGAAACCACCAGCAACAACAACAAUAUUUCUUCUUCAAUAAAUUUAAUUACUUCAACAAAUCCAUCUUCUCCAUCUUUACUUCCAUUAACUAGUAGCGAAUUUUCAAUUGUUCAACCAGUAAAUAUUGAAAAUAAUUGCAAAGAAGGGGAAGGAAGAGAAGAAAGAGAUCCUUUUAUUAAUUUAGAGGAAGGGGGUUCUUCUACAGUUGGAAGUAUUGGAGAAGAUGAACAACAAAACGAAGAAAAUGAGUUUUUGAAUGAAAAUGAGGAAAUUGUUGGGAAGAAAGGGGAAGGAAGAGAUAAUGAAGUAGAAAAACAAUUAACUGGUUGCUCCUCUGAGUUGAAUGCUCUUGCUGGUGCUCCUCUUGCCGGAACGGCAACUGCUCUAAUUGGUGGAGGGUGUGGCGGGACGAUGACAGCUCUUGGAGGCAUGGCAGGUGGUGCUUCUCUUGCUGGUACAAGUGAGUUAAAACUUAAAUCUCAAACCAUCAUUAAUUGA